GAGCCGGGGCAGGUCAGGGGGCCGUUGUUGUGCAAGUCGUUCAGUCACGCAAACUUUUUUUUGUUGUUGUUGCUAUAUUCUGCUUGGCUUUGACUGUGUUGUGAUCUCAAAUAAUGACGAGCAAUGAGAAAGCCAGCCCAUUUGAUACCAUGGCGCCGGAGGACUCUCAGGGAGAUAAUACAAGGUCCAGACAGGAACAAGAGGAAAAACUGAUUCUUACAGCCUGGCAGAGUAUGUCGUCUGUUCUGCGGCUACAGAGUUUGUUUGAGGACUCCGCAGCUCCAGGCCUGCCAGGUCAGUCUUUCCUGGCUAAGCAGAGGCAGUCUACCCAUGCCAGGAGGGUGUUUUCCCCCCGGUUGCAGCCCAGGUAGGAGCCUUCAUCCUCAUGGAGAGCCCUACCUCCUCCUCUCAUGAGCAGAAUAUGGAAGUCUCACUGAAUGUGUUAUGUUGGGUUUGCUGCUAUCACCCCCUGCUGAAAAAAUGUGGUACUACAGUGACAAUUCUGUAAUUUUGGAACUAGACAGAAAUGGAAGUGUCAUUGAUAAUGUCUUUCUUUUUUUUCUUUUUUUAAAAUCUGUAUUAUACCUAAAUGUACGUACAUACUUGUAAAUUCUAUAAAUAAUCACCAGGUUGUCUGCUCCAUGCCUCAUUGUGUGAUAGUACAAAUUUUUAGAAAUAAUGCAAAACUGAUUCAUUUCAUAUCAUUGUAAAACUGUUUUGUUAAGUAAUUUAUUAAUUCCAUUCAUUAUUUGUUUAACUUACAUUUUUGAAAAUGCACAAGACAAUGUGUAAGAAAUCAUUAUAUUUACAGGUUUAUUUUAGUAAUCAAGGUAAAUAAAGUGAACAAAGAAAUAACACA